AUGGGCUGGAAUGCAUGCUCUUCAUGUCACGGGGAUUCGUCAGCAAAGAGAACCCACCUCGUCCUACCAUGCUUGGGUUCAGACCGCAUCUACAUCGUGGAUGUUGCCGAUCCAAGGGCGAUGAAGCUGGAGAAGUCAAUCGAACCUAAAAAGCUGCACGACUUGGGCGUCUCGUUCCCGCAUACGUCGCACUGCCUGGCCAACGGGAAAAUUAUGGUAUCGACACUGGGCGAUAAAGACGGCGGAAAUAGAGGGAACUUCCUGUUGCUGGAUGGUCAAAGCUUUGAGCCGACGGGCAACUGGAUCGAAGCCGAUGGCGACGUGGCUUUCAAUUAUGAUUUUUGGUACCAACCCCGGCAUAAUGUGAUGAUGUCUACCGAAUGGGGCGUACCGCGGUUAAUCAAGGAAGGAUUUAACCCAGCUCACGUGCAACAGGGCAACUACGGUCACAGUGUGCACAUUUUCGAUUGGACCACGCGGGAGAAGCGGCAAACAAUUGAACUCCCUAUGCCUGAAGGUGCAAUCCCCCUGGAGUAUGACAUCUCCGAUCCUGAGCACCCGAAAUUGACUGGCCAGCUCUGGCUUGGCGGGAGCCUUCACAGCGACACCGGCGUCACGGUGAAAGAUGCGAGCUUUAAGCAGCCCGAGCCCCUGUUUUUGAAGGGAACAAGGAUCGCAGGCGCUCCACAAAUGCUGCAGCUGAGCCUUGACGGGAAACGGCUCUAUGUCACCAUGUCUCUAUACAGGCCCUGGGAUCGUCAAUUCUACCCGAAACUGCUAGAAACCGGUGCCGCGAUGCUCCAGAUCGACGUCGAUGUCGAGAAGGGCGGAAUGAAGCUGAACAACGAUUUUCUGGUCAAUUUCGGAGAGGUAGAAGGUGGUCCAUACGUGGCUCACGAGAUGCGCUACCCGGGCGGCGAUUGCACUUCCGAUAUCUGGCUU